AUACAUUGUAUAGUAUUAGCUAUGGAUAUAAUAAUAAUUGUGUAGUAUUUCUGAUCAAUAGAAUAUUAAGUAGCGUCUGUUAUAACAAUACAAAUGUCUGAUGAGCUAUUAAAUAAGGAAAAAGAAUUGCAUCGAUUAAAUAAAGAAUUAGAAAUAAAAACGCGUCAUGUUUUGGAAGAAAUUAGAUCUAUUGCAGAUCAACACAUUCAUAAUAACUCGUCUAGACAGAAUGAUGUUACACCUAAUACUAAGGGUAUGGAUAUAAAAAAUGUACAAUAUUCAAUGAUUAUAAAUAACAAAUUACUUCCAAAUAUUACAAGUGAACUAAAUGCUAGUUCAUUACAUACUUUAACAGAAGAAACGCCAAAUUUAUUAAAACAAAACGUUAUUACAAAUCUUCAAAAUCAAAAUCAAGGCAAUCAAGUUAAUGAGAAAAAUGUUUUGCAUGAAGAAAAUGGUACAGAGAACAAAGCUCUUAUUAAUUUUCUUAAAACAAAGCUAAAUAUGUUACAUAAUGAAUUUAAAGUGAUUCAACUUGAAUAUAAAAAUAAGGUAAAUGAUUGUGAAAAAUUGGAAAAUGAAAAUAAAAAGCUUGAUUGUAACAAGUCAAAAUUAAAUAAACAAAUAACAUUAUUGAAAGAAACAAUUACAAAACUUGAAAAUAACAAUUCUAAUUUACAUAAUCAGAAUUUAGCUUUGAAUAAUGAAAAUUCAAAUUUAAAAAAGGAAUUUAUAGUAGCAGUAGAGCAUAUGCAUCUAUUGGAAGAAGAUUUUUCUAAACUUCUAUUAUGGAAACAAAAUAAUUUAUAA